AAGUACAUUGCUUCACACUUCGAGCCCGCACUGCACCCAGACGUGAUGGAAGAGUUUCCUUCCGGUCCGGAGACAACUGAAAUGGAAGACCCCACAGUGGACGAAGAAGAGGCCUGGAAAGCUGCUCAUGCGGAACUGGAGGGUGAUUCAGAAGAGGACUCCGGUUCAAACAGUGAAGACGCGAACGAGGAGGAGUUGUCAGAUGACGACGCCUAA